AUGUACCGGCUCCUGCCCUUCAAGCUGGGUGAGAUCAACUGUGGACUGAACCUGCUAUGUCAGAUCUCAGGGACCAUGGUGGGCCUCAUUGGAGCAAUGCAGAAGGUCCUUUCUGCACCGUACAAGGACACCGCAGACACGCCUGCCAUGGACAACUUCAUCACGCAGGUACUCUAUGGCAGAGUCGUUCCCGGCAUGUGCAUCACGAUGAUCUUUGGCAACUUCUACUAUGCCUGGAUGGCGGUCCGACUGAUGCGAAAAGAGAAGCACACCAACGUGUGCACUUUGCCGUAUGGCAUUAACACACCUGCAGCUUUUGCUUUCGUGUUUAGCAUCGUGUCGAAGGCAGCGCAAACGGCAGCCAAUGAGGGGCUGGGUUGGGAGGAGGGCAUCAUGCAUGCCUGGCGAGUCGGCUGCGUCGCCAACCUGGUCAGCGGCGCCAUCGCAACGCUGUGUGGCUUCGCCGGGCCCCUGAUCGUUCGAGUGGCUCCCCAGGCAUCCCUGAUGAUGGCCCUUGCCGGCCUGGGCUUUACUUGGCUUGGCUUGGCGCAGAUCAUCGAGGUCUUCAAAGCAGGCCACUUGGGACUCCUUCCGCUGGGCGUGGCACUGGUUCUCUUCUUCGGCGAUGUAAAGACGUCACCGCUUCCCUCCGCCAUCAUCGUGAUGCUGGUGGGCUGUCUGACCGGCUGGCUUUCGUGCGAGGGCUGGCCGGAGGGCUCUGCGCAUCCAGUCGGCGGAACCGGCCAGGCAGUUCUGGAAGCCUUCGACAACUUUGGUUUCUACAUGCCGGCUUUCCUGGAUGGUGCAUCCUUCUCAGCCAUUCCCCAGGUGCUCUUGGAGAACAUGGCCGUGAUCCUUCCUGUGGCUUUUGUCGGGGCCGUGAAUACGCUGGUGAGCGUGUAUGCAGCGCACUCGGUGGGAGACAUGUACCCCAUCCGUGAAUGCCUCGUAGUGGAUGGCCUGACAACCAUCGUCGCAGGAUUGUUCGGCUCUCCCUUUGGGACGUGCGUGUACUGUGGACAGCCGCAGUUUAAGGCCCAAGGAGGCGUGAUCUACUACUCCUUCCUGAACUGCAUCGCGUUCUGCGUCCUCGCUGCCACGGGCCUCUUCGCGGCCAUCAAUGCGUUCAUCCCGCCCUGGGGUAUUGCGCCCAUCAUCCUUUUUGUCGGCCUGGCCAUUUGCCAGGACGCCUUUGACAUCAUCAAACCUCGGCAUCUUCCAGCUGCAAUCAUUGGUCUCUUCCCAGCUGCGGCGGACUGGAUCCUGUCCAUCUGGCCCCAUGAGCCCAAGCCUCCGGCUGGACUUGCGGCCUUGGCACAUGGUUCCCUUCUUGUUUGCAUCGCCUGGGUGGCCAUGGGCGUCUUCCUCAUUGACCGGAACUUCCUGAAAGCCGCGAUUUGGGCACUGGUGGCCAUGUGCAUCUCAGGCCUGGGGCUAAUGCAUGAGGAGACAGCUGACCUGACCUUCAAAACCUUCGCCGGAGCCCCUGGCCAAAAUUUCGGCACGUCAGCUGGUGGCUACAUGAUGGGCUAUGCCACCCUAGCUGCUCUGUUCGGAGUACUGCUGCUGCUGCGGCGACUGGGCUGCACACGCAUCCCGGGCAUUUUCGUGGAGAAGGAGGACACGGCGGAGCAGGAGGCAGAGGAGAUGGCAGAGAGAUGUUUGUCUAGACAGCACAGCCAUGUGCGCACGGCUCUCUUUAGCAACAUGCCUGCGGAGGGGCACCAGCUCCACGAGGAUGAGGUCAGCUCGGAGUCCAAAGAUUCGGAGCCCAAGGGGGCCGAUUGCGUCUGA